GGCAGUUCUUCCUCUUCCUGACACAACUCCAAUUGGCAUAUUUGCCAGCUGUGCACGUGAAAGUGGCAGCCGAAACCCAGCAGUCGCCGCCUAUACAUACAGGAAUUUCGUCAGCUUAGCCAUGUCGAAGGCCAAGGGCAAAAAGAAAGAGCGUUUUGAUGACGAUGACGAAGUCUCAGUUCCAGAGAAGGCGAGUGAAAAGAAGCAUGCGGCAAAGAAGGGAAAGAAAGGAAAACGUGGCGGCGGCGAUUCCAGUGAUGAUGAGUCCUUACCCAGCAACAAAAUUGUGAACCCUAGUAAUGAUGCUGAUGACCUCGAAAGUGUCAGAUCUGGACAAAGUAAAUCCCAACAGGCACAAAAAUCAACAAAGAAGGGUAAAAAGGGUAAGAAGAAACAUGGCGAUGAUAGUGACGACGAUGAUGAGGAUUUCGCGGUAAAACCAGCGAAAGGCAAGCACCACAAUUCAAGUGAUGUUGAAGAUGAUGUUCCAAAGCCAGCUGUUCCUGCCAAAAAGCAAGCCAAGAAGGGUAAAAAGGGCAAAAAGAAUGAGGACUGGAGCGACAAUGAUGUGCAGGAUUCGGCUGACGAAGUAGCGGCCGUACUUCCAGUCGCCAAGAAACAACAAAACAAGAAGAGUAAAAAGAACAAAAAGAAAGCAUUCGAUUUUAGUGAUGAUGAUGAUGACGACAAUAAGGACAUUUUGGCGGCUGCGCCAACGACCGAGGAAGACGACGAUGAUGAAUUGGAAGCCGCUCCAAGUAUAGCAAAGCCUGCAAGUAAGAAAUCGAAGAAAAAACAGCAGCAAAAGAACAAAUUUGCAAUGAGCGAUGGGGAGGAAGAAGAUGAAAUUGAAGAAGACGAAAUUGUUGAGGACGAGCCGCAACAGGUGGUUAAAAGCCUGCCUACGCCCAAUAAUGAAGUGCAAGCCUUGACUGAAAAGGUAGAAGCUGUGGCACUAGAAGCGCAGGAAAAGGAACCAGAGCUGGAACCAGAAGCAGAACCCGAACCAACAUCCAAAUCUAACGAUUCAUCAGAAGCUGCAGUUGCGGAGGCAAAAGAAAAGAAACUCACGCAUAAGGAGAAAAAGAAGCAGAAGAAACAACAAGAGUAUGAGCGUCAAAUGGAAUUAAUGACCAAAAAGGGUGGUGCUGGUCAUUCCGACCUGGACAGCAACUUCACCAUGUCUCAGGUGCAAAAAAGCGCAGGCCAGCAGGCUGCGCUGGAGCAUGCCGUCGACAUCAAAAUCGAGAACUUUACAAUAUCGGCCAAAGGCAACGACCUCUUCGUGAAUGCGAAUCUUCUAAUUGCACACGGCCGACGCUACGGCCUGGUGGGGCCUAAUGGCCAUGGAAAAACGACACUGCUGCGUCACAUAGCCACGCGUGCCUUUGCCAUACCUCCAAAUAUAGAUGUGCUGCUUUGUGAGCAGGAGGUAGUGGCUACUGACAAGACAGCCAUCGAUACCAUCUUAGAAGCGGAUGUGAAGCGCAACGAGCUGCUAAAGAAGAGUAAGGAACUGGAGGAUAAGUUCGCCGCUGGCGAUAUGAGUGUGCAGGAGGAGUUGAACGAUGCCUUUGCCGAGCUGAAGGCGAUUGGCGCGUAUUCGGCGGAGGCACGUGCCCGUCGUAUCCUGGCCGGUCUCGGUUUUAGCAAGGAGAUGCAGGAUCGACCCACGAACAAGUUCUCUGGUGGCUGGCGUAUGCGCGUCUCUCUUGCACGCGCUCUCUAUUUGGAACCCACGUUACUAAUGCUGGACGAGCCCACAAAUCAUUUGGACCUGAACGCUGUCAUUUGGUUGGAUAAUUAUUUGCAGGGGUGGAAGAAAACCCUUCUCAUUGUGUCCCACGACCAGAGCUUUUUGGACAACGUAUGCAACGAGAUCAUCCAUCUGGACCAGAAGAAACUGCAAUACUACAAGGGCAACUAUUCGAUGUUUAAGAAGAUGUACGUGCAGAAGCGGCGCGAGAUGAUUAAGGAGUAUGAGAAGCAAGAGAAAAGAAUCCGAGAACUCAAAGCCCACGGACAAUCGAAGAAGGCGGCCGAGAAAAAACAAAAGGAGACCCUCACGCGCAAACAGGAGAAGAACAAGUCCAAGCAACAGAAACUGGACGAAGACGACGGGCCGCAGGAGUUGCUCGAACGGCCGAAGGAGUACAUUGUCAAGUUUCGCUUCCCCGAGCCCUCGCAGCUGCAGCCACCAAUUUUGGGUCUGCACAACGUCACCUUUGCCUUCGAAGGCCAGAAGCCGCUGUUCAUCAAGGCCGAUUUUGGCAUUGAUCUGACGAGUCGCGUAGCCAUUGUUGGACCCAACGGUGUUGGCAAAUCCACUUUCCUCAAACUGCUUCUGGGCGAACUUCAACCGCAGCAGGGUGAGCAACGGAAGAACCAUCGUCUCCAUGUGGGUCGCUUCGAUCAGCAUUCAGGCGAGCAUUUGACCGCUGAGGAGUCAGCAGCAGAGUAUCUGCAGCGUCUCUUCAAUUUACCUCAUGAAAAGGCGCGCAAAGCACUCGGCUCCUUUGGUCUAGUCAGCCACGCGCAUACCAUCAAGAUGAAGGAUCUCUCUGGUGGGCAAAAAGCGCGCGUAGCACUUGCCGAGCUCUGCCUUAGUGCGCCCGAUGUUCUUAUUUUAGAUGAACCGACAAAUAACUUGGACAUCGAGUCCAUUGAUGCAUUGGCCGAGGCCAUAAACGAGUACGAGGGUGGUGUCAUCAUUGUGUCCCACGACGAGCGAUUAAUACGCGAGACCGGCUGCACCCUGUAUGUCAUUGAGGACCAGACGAUCAAUGAAAUCGAUGGCGAAUUCGACGAUUACCGUAAGGAGGUGCUGGAUUCAUUGGGCGAGGUGGUUAACAAUCCCAGCGUCGUUGCCAAUGCAGCGGUGCUACAAUAGGCUGACGCUGUCCGUUUCGUUAACUGUUUGUUGUGUUUCAUGACAUGCUGGCAAAUUGUUUAACUCCUUUCCCCUCUCCUAGUUAACAUUUUAUUUGUAUACACACGCCCACUCAAAAUUAAAGGCUUAUGUUUGAA